UGUCUCUCCCUCUAACCCAAUAACAAUUCACUCUUCACUCUUCUUAACUCAAGAAGGAAAAGACCCCUUCAGUGUACCAAAAAAUGGGGAGUAGCACUUGCCACUUCAUCACCACACUCGCAUUCAUCCUCUUCACUGUUUCUGAAGCUAUUGGUGUCAACUGGGGCACCAUGGCUUCACACCCCUUGCCACCCCACAUCGUCGUCAAGCUCUUGAAGUCCAACAACAUCAACAAGGUUAAGCUCUUUGAUGCAAACCCUCAUGUUCUUCAAGCUCUUUCUCGCUCCAACCUUGCUAUCACUCUUGGUGUUCCCAACUCCAUGCUCAAAACAUUCAACUCUUCUAUCAAAGCUUCUGACACUUGGGUCCAUGAUAAUGUCACCCGCUACGUUUCCAAUGGGGGGAAUGCAGCUAAAAUUGAAUAUGUUGCUGUUGGUGAUGAGCCGUUUCUCAAAAGUUAUGGUGAGCAAUUUCAGCCUUUCGUUGUUGGAGCGGCUAUGAACAUUCAAGCAGCUUUAAAGAGAGCGAAUUUGGACAGCAAAGUGAAAGUAGUGGUCCCGUGCAGCCUUGACAAUUUUGAGUCAGAAUCUAACAUGUCCUCAUCCGGGGUUCAUUUUCGACCGGACCUCAACAAAACCAUGAUUGAGCUCCUCACAUUUCUUGACAAGAAUGGAUCACCUUUCUUUGUGACCAUUUCUCCAUUCUUGACUCUCCUACAAGCGAAAAACACAUCACUGGACUUUUCCCUCUUUAAAGAAACCGCAAAACCUCAUAAUUUUAACCAUAAAGCUUACAAAAACAGCUUCGAUUUGAGCUAUGAUACUGUCGUGACUGCAUUAUCAACAGCAGGAUUUCCUAGUAUGGACAUUGUUGUGGCAAAGAUUGGUUGGCCAACAGACGGAGCUGCCAACGCAAGCUCGAAUCUAGCUGAAUCCUUUAUGAAAGGCCUUAUGAACCACCUUCACAGCAACUUGGGGACUCCACUUAGACCACGGCAUCCUCCACUAGAAACUUACAUCUUAAGCCUUCUCGACGAGGACCAAAGGAGCAUAGCUGCCGGAAACUUUGAACGACAUUGGGGUUUGUUCACUUUUGAUGGCCAAGCAAAGUACCAUGUGGAUCUUGGCCAGGGUUCAAAGGGCCUUGUGGAUGCACAAAAUGUUGAGUACCUUUCUUCAAAGUGGUGUGUUGUGAACAACAACAAGGACUUGUCUAAUGCAACAGUCAGCGCUUUAGAUGCUUGUUCGAAUGCUGAUUGUACUGCGCUGUCCCCCGGCGGAUCUUGCUUCAAUAUCAGCUGGCCUAAUAACAUAUCUUAUGCUUUUAAUAGUUACUAUCAGGAGCAUGAUCAGAGAGCCGAAAGCUGUGACUUUGGCGGACUUGGUUUAAUCACAUCGGUCGAUCCGUCUAUGGAUAAUUGCAGGUUUUCAAUUGAGAUCUGGACAUCUCAUGCCAAACUUUUCGGUUUGUAUAAUUUUCAGUGGAUGAUUUUAGUGAUAGCAAUCCAGUUGGUGAUAGUUUGACAUGGGUAAAAAAUGGUCAUUUUUUCGCAGCUUCCCUGGCUUGCUGCAAUUUUGUUGUACAUGUUUCUCGGUGAAUGAAAUUCCUAGAACUUAUUUUUUAAGUUGUUCAUGCAGAUGUAGUAUUCAAUUUGUCACAUUUUUUUUCCUGUUUGGUGAUUUGAGCUUAAUCUUGAUUGUUGUAAAAAAUUUAAGGGGCGAAAGCUAGUAAUUUUUGUCAAU